CUAAUUGCUCGUUUCGAAUGCUAAUCUUUAUUUGUCCAUUUUCUUUUUGUUGUUUAACACCUAACGAACACGGAAAGAAAUAAUGAGGAUCGUUUCCUGUAUCUCGUGACAGCACAUUAGCCAUUGUACUUACUUUGUUAAUUGUAUAAUUAGCGAAAGCAAAGUAGUUGCCACGCCUGUGACGGUACUAAAAGUACAAAAAUAAUCGUGCCCGUACACGAAUUCUUCCCUCCAUCUAGAGUCAAUUUUCAGUUUAUAAAUAGAGGUGGAAUUAAAUGUUUCCAAGUAGGGCGAGGUGCUGGAAUAUAUGUGCGAAUAUUUUCAGCCGUGACCUAACUUAAUCGUAUGAUAUCCUAACCCAGUUCAAUUUAAUCUCGUUCGAACAGCUUUCAAAAUUGUGGCACGCGAUAUUAAACCGGUAAUCGAACGCGCUUCUGUAUCUGAUGCAUGGUAUAUAGUAUGGCAAUUCAUCCAUAUACGUACGUUUCUAUUAGGGUGAAACAAUUCGCGAUGCGCCUCUGGAAUCCCAUUAAACGUCACGCGACUUGGCCCAAUUUGCAGCGUGACGACGGGCGAAAUAUAUACGUAUAUUAUUCUCAAUCAAAUCAGAACCGUGAUUAAGUAUAGGUAACCUUGCGAACAUCACUUGUUUGAUUAACACAGAGCUAUUAAUAUAUGACGAUGCAACAGGCGGGAUGUAUACGUGACGAGAAGCUAUUAAACCCCCUUAUCAUGCGCGCCGAGCUGUUGCACGUGGAACGCAAUGUGUACCUAUCUUCUUAUUCGUCUACCUUUUCUCAUCAGUUUUUCUUUCUUAUUGUUAAACACGCGAGUAAAUUGAGACACGUAUCCAUCAUCGAGGUCAAACGACGACCCGAGGUCAGACUCGAGUCCCGGGAUUGAACCACGUCUAUUUUGUGAAGCGACUAUCAGCCCGUGACCUCCAACCCCCUUCUAGCUAUUGAUCCCUUUUUUCGUUCGUUUCAUAUCGUCAGAGACGUUCUGCACUCUAUAAUUGGCUGAUUUAGUUUUUCAUAUCUUUUAAAACUUCUUUCUAUAUACUCAUUCUACUGAUGCGAAGGGUAUACACUAUUUUUCUCCAACUUUGGGAGUGUUGAAAGAUCGCUAAUAUGUUGUACAGUAACUCGCCCACUUCUAGGUAGUCUCAGAGUUGAUUAAAAAGUUUUUCGGGAUCUCAUUAGCCCGUAACAGGUAUACCCGACUAUCUUGUUGUCAUGCAAUGAAAUUCAUAGACGCCGGUUUCAAUCCUUCGAUCAGUCGAUCAAAAGCCGUUGCGCGAUCUCCCACGUUUCUUAUCUUAGGGUAUACGAUGGCGGAAAAUGGUCAGAACGGUGCACCUGCGGCGGCAGCUCCGCCCCCGAGCGAAAGUUUGGCAGCUUUGAAAAUCGAAGCCGGGCCCGAAGGUACCGAAAAUUCGGGACCAGCGAGUCCCGCGAGCCCAGCAGCUGGGACUGGAUCGUUUCCAGCAAGUUUCAAGGCCUUUUCCAAAUUUGGUGACCCGAAAAGUGACGGGAAACAGAUAACAUUAAGCCAAAGCGACAAAUGGAUGAAGCAGGCGAAAGUUAUCGAUGGGAAAAAAAUCACCACCACAGACACAGGGAUAUACUUCAAGAAACAUAAGUCUGUGAAGCUAGGGCUAGAGCAGUACAAGGCGUACCUUGAGGACCUGGCCAAAAACAAAAAGGUGGAUCUUGAGGAGCUCAAAAAUAAAAUGGCGAAUUGCGGAGCACCUGGAGUCUCAUCGCAUGCGGCUGGUAAAGCGGCGUCGACGGUGGACCGUUUGACGGACGUAAGUAAGUACACGGGUUCGCACAAGCAGCGUUUCGACGAAAGUGGCAAAGGAAAAGGCAUCGCAGGACGCAAAGACCUCCCCGAUCAAUCGGGAUACGUAACCGGGUACCAAAAUAAGGACACGUACAAGGCGCAUUAACCGAGUUGUCGAAGUUCUAUUUCGUACCGAUAGCCUUCAAUCAUAAAUGUGCACGAGAUGCUUUAUUAUUUUUUUAACACUUCAAAACUCCCACAUGUUUGCCGCAGGGUAUAUACGGUCCCGCGUACGGAAUUCCUGCGGAUGGAAAAUCAGUGGAGUUUAAAUAUAAAAUUAAAGCCGUGUAGUUUUCAACGGACGCGUACAACUUACCUAUACGGUGAGAUCGAUCGUUUCGGGUGACUCGUCGCUUUGCAUUUACACAAGCAAAGUAGAAAAAU